AUGGUUCACCUAUCUACUGAAUUGAUUCAUGGUGAUGAUAAGGACAACAGAGUCACCGAUGUUGCUCCACCAAUUAAUGUGGCUACUACAUUUCGUUACGAUAAUGAUGAUCUAGUUGCAUGGAAUGAUAGAGAAAAUCUGGAUUUUAUGGAAAAGCAACCAAUUUACUCAAGAUUAGCUCAUCCAAAUAGUACUAGAUUAGAAAGUAUAUUUUCAAAGAUUUUAAAUGGCCAUGCUGUUAUUUACUCCUCUGGUUGUUCUGCUUUUUUUGCUGCUAUGAUUCAUUAUAAUCCAAAGAGAGUCUUCAUGGGUCAAAGUUAUCAUGGUUGUCGUGCGAUUGCAAACAUAUUAACCAGAAACUUUGAUGUUGAACAACAUACACUAGAUGAGAUAGAACAAUUUGCUCAGAAAGGUGAUGUGGUUCAUCUAGAGACACCAGUGAACCCAUAUGGUACUUCUUACGAUAUUCAAAGUUUUGCAGAUAGAGCUCAUGCGAAAGGUGCAUUAUUAAUCAUUGAUUCAACAUUUGCUCCUCCACCUUUACAAGAUGUUUGGGAGUUCGGUUGUGACAUGGUUAUGCAUUCAGCUACAAAAUAUUUUGGUGGACACUCUGAUCUAUUGAGUGGGGUUCUUGUAGUUAAAGAUGAAGAAAUAUGUAAGAAAUUAAGAGAUGAUAGAAUAUAUUUAGGUACAAACGUUGCUAAUUUAGAAAGUUAUAUGUUGUUGAGAUCUUUAAGAACUUUUGAAAUGAGAGUGUUGAAACAGUCAGAUAAUGCUACUAAGAUAGUUAAAUUCCUGAAUGACAAUCGUUCCAAAUAUGAUAAAGUCCUUAACAAACUUUAUCAUUCCUCUUUACAGACAGAAGAUUUCGUUAAGAAACAAUUGAAAGGAGGAUAUGGACCUGUCUUUGCUUUAACUUUGAAAUCUGUAGAGCAAUGUAAGAAGUUCCCUCCACAGUUGAAAUACUUCCAACAUGCUACUUCUCUUGGUGGUGUUGAAUCAUUAGUUGAAUGGAGGGCUUUAACAGAUCCAUACAUCGAUCAAACUUUGAUCAGAGUCUCUGUAGGGUGUGAAAAUGUCGAUGAUUUGAUAAAGGAUUUGGGUAAUGCCCUUCAAUAUUUACAAGACAAUGCUUAG